AGCUGGAUGAUGGUAGGUUAGUACGAAAUUCAGGGCUUCCCAGUAUUCCUUCGGUUCGUCUCUUAUGUGAGGGGAGCCACCAAUUCGAUGCAGAUCUCUCUUUCGGAGUUCGUUCUCUCAUAUUGUUUUACUCUUUUCUCUCUCGUUGGUUCACAAUUUUCUACUUGUUUGUGGAAUCUUGUCACAUCGAUUCAUCCUGCGGGUAGGUGCUAUAGGCCGAUUAGGGAUGCGCAGGAUAUGGCGACUUUUCUCCUUGGUUUUGACAACCACUGCAACUGCAUCGACGACGAGAAAAGAAACUGUAUCCAUUUAGUUGAUUACCGAAAAGGAAGAUCCAAAGAGAAGGCAGUCUUGUUCUCAUCUUUCGAAUUAUUAUGUAGAGUCCGAACUUAGUUCGAGUUCGAGACCAUCUCAAGAUCACUACUAGUUUCAAAAGCGAGAAGCAUCUACAAAGCGCCCCAAACGUAAGCCACAGACUGUUGCAAUCAUAUCAUCUUCGGGACAGCAGUUUUGGUUCAAUUUAUGGACAUUUUCCCCACAUUAUUGAAGUUGUUCUUUGUCCUUUGUAGCUUUUUCCUGUAUUCCGAUAAGGCUCGGUGUAUUAUUUUAGGGCGCCCUUGUGUAGCGAGUGUGCGUGUGUACCCUGCUCUGUGUAGUAAAGUGAAGUUCUUCAUCUUCAAUUGUCAAUGACCAAUUAUAUGGUAUCAGUGCGUUUAUGGAUGAUGACAGUUCCCGCACACGUCGAAGACUCUUCUACAAGUGAUUCGCGUUCAUCUUGUUGUCCUUUUCGAUUACGUAACGUGAGCCCCUGUGUAAAUUCCUGCUGUGGAAAAAGUGAUCAACUGCCCCAAAAAGAAAUGAGUGGUCUUCUCCCCGGAUCUGCGGGCCUGUUUGAACGGUUGGCUGCUGGGCUGCGUCCAUUUAACGCUGUCCGGGACUACAUGCCGAGCGGCAGAUUGUGGGAGCCGCAUGGAAGCGUGGUGAUGGUAGUGCGGCGCGCAGGCUGA